UCUGAUUGUGACUUCAUAUUUGCGUCAUGCUUUGAGCCCAAAGUGGAAGAUCGGCAUCGUAAAUAAAUCCUUGAGCCAGGUAAAAAGACUCAACGGUUUAUUUGUAAAUAACAGAUUGACUUGCAUACUCAAGUCCUAUUCUCUUUGUUUUCCCCUUGUGCCUCAAUAAUGUCAAGAGACAUCAGAGGUCAUUUGAAAUUUAAUGAGGCAGCAAGCAGAAAACAAAAGGGGAGAAAUACCGAGAUGAAUCCAAUCACUAUAUUUUCAGUUUAAGUGUCCUCUUCAGAAAGAACAGCAGGUGUUCCCCUUACUUGGCAGUGUUGACCUCGUGGGGGGGCUGUGACAUCAUUAGGAUGAUAUCACUGCUUUAUAUCAGAUCUCUAAAGUUUUUUGUGACCCCUAUCACUUAAAGCACAUCAGAUCCUCUAAGUAGAAGGGUGAAAGGUCAUGGAGUUUGCAAUUAGGGAGGAAAAAAAAACAUGUAAAUGUUUAGGCUGACUGUCAUGAAUGAUACAAAUGGGAUUUAUUAUAUGUGGAACGCCCCCAUUCUUGUCCGGUUGUGUGAUGAUCAAUUCGUAAUGUAUUGAAAAGACUGCUCUAUUUAUGCACAGUGCAUUUUUGUCUAUGACAAUUGCUCAAGCAAAUAUUUUGAGCUCUCUGUGAUAAUCAAUGUACCGGUAAUAUAAAUCUCUAAAAGCAAGCAGGAGUGCUUCACUGUUCUAUUUUAACAACAACAACAAAUCGUUCACAUCGUCUUUCGAGAGGACCAGAAGAAGACCAUGUUCUCAUUCUGUACUAGUGACGGUGGUGGAAGAGGAUCAGAGGGACAUGCAAAAGAGAAAGGGAGCUGCAAAAGCAAUUCGGUGAAAAGCAAGGAAAUGUCAAGUCAAGCCGACCCCUCUUUGUAUUCAGAGAAACAGGCAGCAAGACCACUGAGGAUAUCGCCAGUGUCACAGCGGCUCUCCAUUGCGGACAAACCUGAAGAGCAGGCCGCAGAGAAGAUUUCACUCCUGGAAGUACUUAGCAAGGCGCAUUCCGCCAGAGUCGUUCCGAGCGGCCGAAAUCUCACUGUGAACGAUGACAUCACUUUAAGUGACGAUGAAGGAAGGCCGCAACCCAAACAAAAGCUGAAUAAACAGUACAUUGACGAAAUGGGGAUCUCUGAAGAACUUAAUGAGAUCACGUCUUCAACAGAUGCGAUCCUGCAUGAAGAUCACCAAUUUAGGGCCAAGCUGGAUGAUAUUCUGAGGCCGAAAGACCAUCAUGGCUGUGCCGAAAAGGUGACCAAACUGAAAGAGGUGAAGCUGCAGUCGGAGGAGAUGAAAGACGGUCAAUGUGUGGAGCACAAACGCGUGCAAAAGGAAAGUGAACUCACAAACCUCAGAUUAUCGUUGAAACAACAGCAGGAAGAUUGCCUGAAUACCAUCAAGAUGGCCCAACUCAACAUUCGUGAGCUUGAAGAGGGACUCCGGCAGGCCCACAUGCAGUUGUCUCAGGAGCGUUGCACAAAUGCAGAGCUGCAGCAAAAACUCAAGAGUCAGGACUGCAAGCAACAGACCAUGGAAGAGGACUACAAGAGAAGCAAACAUCAUGCGCUUGAUGUGGACCUCCAACAGGCCCACGCGCAGUUGUCUCAGGAACGCUGCACAAAUGCGCAGCUGCAGCAAAAACGAAAGAGUCACGACUGCAAGGAACAGAUGAUGGAAGAGGACUACAAGAGAACCAAGCAUAAUGAUGAGCAUCUGAGAACUGAUCUUGAGGUGGCCCAGGCGCACAGCAGCACCAAACAAAAGGACCUCAUUGAAGAGAAUGAAGGCCUCAAUGAGCAGCUUGGAGAUAUUCGCCAAGAUCUCCGACCGACCAGUGACCACCAGGCCCAAAGUGUCUUGGAAUGGAACAAUAUGAUUGCGGGAUUGAAGUGCGAAGUGACGCUAGCGAAUGUCCGACUGGCAGAGGCUGAGCAGCUUCGGUUGGAAAUGGAGAAGGCUCUGCUCCAAGAGAAGGAGGAACAGCAGCGACUUAGAAAGAAGCUUGCAAUUGAGAAGGCCAAUCAACAAGAGGCAUUGACCAAUCUGACCCGUAAGCUCUCCAAGGCGAAGGCAUAUGGCAACUCAAUGGAGAACGAGCUGCUGGAAAGAGAAGCCGAAUACAUCCAAGCUAUGAAAGAAAUGAAGGCGCAAGCAAGUCUUUUGGAGGAAAGAAAAAAAGAGCUGAUCAUUGCGUCGCAGAAACAGAAUGAAUCUCAGGCCGCAGUGGCCCAGGAGGCUGCGCCGGGACUGGAACUUGACAACUUCAGGAUGGAGGCUUGCGCAAAGCAACAUGCCAACACAUUUGAUGCACUUCAGACGGAGGCUCAAGAAGAUGCAAGGCACUUCGACAACACGGAGAUCUGUCAAGAGAUAUCAGCUGAAGAUGUGCCCCGCCCCACACAUCGCGAAACUUCCUUGACUCCUUCAAACCUGAACUCAUCACAUUCAGAGCCCCCACGUCCGUUGGCAGGGGAUGUAGAGGUCGAUGAUGAUGACGAUUACAUAUGGAGUGAUGGAAGCUGUGAGGCGAUAGCAGAUGGCGGCAGGGCACCCGACCAGCAGCCGGCCGGCCGCCAGCGGAGGGAAUGGCAGCGGGAGAGCGACCUGUUCCUGGAUCUGCAGCGAUGUGGGUUUCAGAUGCUGGAGCGGGAGCUCAGCACUCUGAACACCCGCCUCCAGAGCCUCCAGAUUUGCGCUCUCCCGCUGCUCACUUCCAUCGACGACAACCUUCGGCAGAUUGCGCAGUCACCGCCGAGCCCGGUCCGGUCCAGGUGGACUCUGAGAAGAAGAUGGGGCAGGUCAGGUGGUGAGGGGAGGAGAACGACCGGAGACAUGGAUAGUCUAAUUCCUGAUGAAUAAUAAAAGAAACGUACUUUUA